AUAUCUUUGGGAAUGGUAGUUCUCGAAUUCACGAAAUGUUGACGUUGAGUACACUAACCUAACUUUUUGUGUAAUUUGUUGUUUGUGUGUUAUUUGAACAAAGUUUUGUAACUAUUUGUGCCGGUAGCGACUUUUGGUUGGAACUUAUUUAAAUGUUUUGAGCCUAUGGGCGGAUCAUUUUUGCCUGCCCUCACCGAAGAAGGCGGUCCAAAUCCUUCAAGGGCAGAAUUUGUAGGUAAGCUCAAACUACAACGAAAUUUACAUUUGUUUGAGCCUACCUACAAAUUCUGCCCUUGGACGAUUUGGACCGCCUCCUUCGGUGACGACAGGCAAAAAUGAUCCGCCCAUAGGCUCAAAACAUUUGCGUGUGAUUGUACACUAACCUAACUUUUUGUGUAAUUUGUUGUUUGUGUGUUAUUUGAACAAAGUUUUGUAACUAUUUGUGCCGGUAGCGACUUUUGGUUGGAACUUAUCUAAAUUUUCCAAAAAUCGAAAUUAUUUUUGACGAGAAAAUGUGAGGUUAAAACUGCGGUGUUUAUCGAAUAGUCUAGAGCACGGUUGCAGGAGACGAUUUAGCUUAUCAAAAUGUCAACUUUGGAGUAUUCCGAAUCUCUUCGAGUUCGGGGAAGAUCUUCAUGGAAAAACGUCCACAACUGUAAACAAUGCCCCUAUUUUACGACGUCACUUUUCUUAAUGGUGAACCACGUGCGACGACAUCGUUCAUCCGUGGAAAAAUUCACAUGUUCCAAUUCCAAAAUCGAAGUAUUUUACUGCAAAGAUUGCGAUUUUAAAACCGAACUAACGAUUCUGUUCAAACAACACAUUGAUAAACAUCACGGAAUUAAGAAAGAAUCCGACGACGAUUCAUCAAGUCGGGACUUUAUUGUCAAAAACUACGUUUGCGAAAAAUGCCACUUCCAAACAAAUCUCGUGUUAAAGUGGCUUCAGCAUUCUUCAGCGUGUACAGGAAAGGAAGAGGACAUAUAUGAAAGUGAAUGGCACCGGGGCAAUGAGUGUCCAUUUAAAACUAAGCGUAAAAAUUGUUUAAACAGGCACACUAUUGUAAAACAUCUAGAUAAAGAAAAAAUCAAGUGGUACAAAUGCAAACACUGUCCAUAUAAAAGUAAAAAUAAAGCAGGUUUAAAAAUCCACGUGACUAGUAAGUGUCCAUUUAAAUCCCGAUGGGAACGGAGUUUUAAACUACAUACAAAUUUGUUACACGUGAAAGAAGAGAACAUCAAAUUGUAUGAAUGCAGUGAGUGCCCACACAAAACUAAGUAUAAAGAUAAUUUAAGGACACACGUAAUUGCACGACAUCAAAACGAAAACAAAAUUAAAUGGUACGCUUGUGACAGUUGUACAUUUAGAAGUAAACGCCAGUCCAAUUUAAAAAAUCAUGUAGAAGCUAGACAUUCGGACGAAACUAAACGCUACGAAUGCGACAAAUGUCCCUACAAAACUAGAAUGAGUCGAAAUUUAAAGAGACACACAAUUCAUAUUCAUUCAGAAAAUUCAGAAUGGUACGAAUGUGCCAAGUGCUCAUAUAAAACUAAAACAAAAUACUGUUUAAAACUGCACGUACAGGUCCAUUUGGACGUCAAACCGUAUCAGUGCAAAUAUUGUCCAUAUGCGUCGAUACACAACGUUGAUUUAAAGCGUCAUAUGGAUUACCGCCACAUAAAUCAGAUCCAUUCAGACGAUGAAAGUGCUGAGUGGUACAAGUGCGGAAAGUGUCCUUUUCAAACUAGGGGGAAAUAUGAUCUCAAACGACACAUUAACAAAGUGCAUGAAGAAGACGUCGAGUGGUACGAAUGUAAAGAGUGUCCAUAUAAAACUAAAAACCGGUGGACUUUGAAACGUCACGUAAUUUCUAGACAUUUGGAGGAAGAACAAGUCACGUGGUACGAGUGCCGAUAUUGUUCGUAUAAGACGAAAUUCAAUUAUUGUUUAAAGUCUCAUGUAAAUGGAAGCCAUUUGGAUGAUGCAGAAGCUAAGUGGUACAAAUGCGAACGUUGUUCUUACAAAUGUAAAAAUCGAUCUACUUUUUACAAACACAAAAGGAAAGGGCACGUGUAGAGUUUUAUUUUAAUUGUAGUCUUAAAAUAUUUGUAUCACCGCUGUUUGUAUUUUGCUUUCAUUAAAAUUUUAAACAAAGACCGAGUGAUUUGUUUGAAAGUUACAUUUUUCGAGAUUUCUAUACCGCUGAAUUUUUUGACAAUUUCUAAACGAUUUUUGCAAAAACGAGAAUUUCCACCAUGUAUACAAAUUUCAAAAUAUAACUAAAUAAAUUUCCGG